AAAUGGGAUUGGGUACGCUAAAGCUGUCCCCUUUUUUCUCUCUGAUUCGCGUGUGAUUUCCGAACAAAACCUUCUUCGAGACUCCGAGACUCUCUCCGGCUCUCCCUCCCAAAUCCCAAUUCCCAGAUACAGCAGCAACGACUGUGACACCCAGUUGGAGAGAGAGAGAGAGAGAGAGAGGAAAGUCAUGUGACUCCAAGAGAAUAAUUCGAACUGCCAAAGGAAAAGAGAAGAAAAAGAGAGAAAAACUGGGGUGGGGUUUAUGGGAGUGGAUUUUCGAGAUCUUGUUCUUCCUACAAUCUUCUCCUCUUUCUUUGUAGUACGGACAAGGGUUUCGUCAGAUCGGCUAGUACUGGGAAGCCUCAAAAUCCGCAAGUUUUGUACUAGUUAGGGUUUCGAUCAGGCAUUGAUUGUGGAUUUGAGGAGGUGAUCUUUGGUACUGAGGUUUGUGCUGGAAAAUAGAGUAUUCUUUCACCUUGGAUCGGGGCGGGGAGGCUUGUUAUUUGGAUGUGAGUUUGGACACUGAAUUUUCAUAAGAAAAAUGGGGCCAGGGGCAUGGGAGAGGAUUGCAAUUAUAAGAGUUGUGUACACAUCAAUCUGGCUUCAAGAGGAUUAUCCUUUGUAGGUGAAACGUUCUGGGUUUGUGCCAAUUUGGAGUGUUUGAUCUUUGGUUGGGAAUGAUUUUGGGUCUGGGUCCUGGUCACUGGGUGGAGUUGAUGGUUCUGUGUUGGCUGGUCAGGCAAGGAAGAAGAUCAGAUUGUAGCGGGCCUUUGUCUUUCCUCAGAAAACCAUUCGGGCUAACCUAGUUUGAGCAGAAUCUGCACCCAAAACAGUUGCAUUUGUUAGAUUUUGUGAGUCGUGGUGUCACAAAAGUGCCUGGAGUAUUGCUGAAGCUGGAAAUUGAUGCGGGGACAUGUUGCAUGGACAGGGGCAUAGUUACUGGUUCCUUCCCUUGGAACAGUGCUGGAGGAAAAUAACUGAAGCAUUUUUGUUUUUGGACGGUUACCAAUUUGCUUGUUCUGUGGGCCUGUGCAAUGUCUCGCUGCUUUCCAUUUCCACCACCUGGAUAUGAAAAGAAGGCCAGAGAUGAUGACGACUUGCUAAAAAAGGAGAAGCACCAAGAGAAGAAGCAUAAGAAGGAAAAGAAGGACAAGGACAAGGACAAGAGAAUAAAGAAGGAGAAAAGGGAGAAAGAUAGAAGUGACAGAAAACAUAGAGAUAGUAAAGAAAAGAAAGAAAAACACAGCAAGAAAAAGAAGGAUAAAGAGAAGGAAAGGGGCAAGGAUAAAGAUAAAGAUAAAAGCGGCACCUCAGGGGAGAAGGGAAUUGUUGCUCAAUCUGAGAGCUACAGUGGGGAGAAGCUCAAUCAAAAAGAGAAAGAGUCAGAUACAGACAAAAGCAGUGUCUCAGAUGGAAGGAAACAUAUCCUCCAGUUGCAGAGUUGCUGUGAAGAGGAGCCUAAUCGAAACAUCCUUUUUGCUGAGGGGACGGGGGAAUCUAAGUUUGAACAUCAGUCAGGCAGAAAGAUUAAAGAUGAAGAAAAGGGAACUGGGAGCCUGUUGGUUGAGAGAUUUUCAGACACGAAACGGAAGAAUGAUGGGCAGAUGGACAGAUUGCUGGUCAAGGAUAUUGCUGUUCUUGCUGGCGGGAAGGAAAAGAACAAGGACAAAAGACCUGAGAGUAGAAUGAUUAGCAGGCAAGGACUCAUGGUUGACUUAAGAUCGGAAGAGCAAGCAGUGGUUCAGAAACUUGCUGCUGUGGUCCAAAAUGGAGUUGGAGGAUUGCCAAGGCCCUUGGAGAAAUACAGUGAGGGAAGGAUGGAACAGAAGUCCAGACAGAGUGAAGGUGUUGACAAACAGAAAGACAAUGGUAGGGAGAAGAAAAACAACUGGAAGGAUAAAGACAAGAAAAAAGAGAAGAAAAAGGAGAAAGUGGAGGGAAAAAGUGAACAUAAGCAUAAAGAGCAGAAUAGAUUUAAAGGUAGUAACAUGAAUGCCAACCUUAACAAUCAGAUUAUUAGAACUCUACAUGUUCCGGGGGAUGGUGAAAGGAACACUGCAGGUCAGGUAAAUCUCAAGAAAAGGAAGGACCUUCAGGUGAAUGGAAUUUGCCCUGGCACUGAUGUUAGCCCUAAUAAAAUACUAAAGUCAAGUCCUCAUCUUUCAAUGGAGAAUGGGAGGAAAUUGGAACCUUGCCAAACCUCUAUCCUGUUUAGUUCUGAUAGGCAGGGGUCAUCCUGCAAUGCUAGGUUGGAUAAUAAGGCUUGCAAGGUAAAUGGGACCAUAGAUGCUAAGCCAUUGUCCAUCUCUUCCAAAAAGACUUACCCUGCAAGUACACAUGUCAAUCAAAUUGCUCCAGCUUCAACGAAGCCACCGCAUCCUGACACCAAGUAUCUGGGUCAGGUACUUUCAGUUCCCAAAAUGGAGGACUGGUCUGAACUUGAUGACCAGGAAUGGCUAUAUAGCAGCAAGGAUCAUCUGGAAGGGAAAGCAGAUGUGAGGUCUGCUGGGAUCACUGAGACACCCAGGGUGUGGUCUGACGCUAUGUGGAUUGAAUCAGCCGAUGUUUGUGCGCUCCCUUAUGUUAUUCCUUACUGAUGGGUUUAACCAGGGAUGACUUGACAUGAUGCCAUGAGCUCAUGAGAAGACCAAACUUGGUGUAGGCAGCACCUUUGGCUCUUCACAUAUGAUUGCCUGGUUUUGCAGAGCUUUCUUGCUGCAUUCCUUCACUGUACAAUCUCUGUUGCAGGUGAAUGUUAGAUUCCACCACAAGAAAGGACGAGUGGGGGUGGCCUGCGGGGUCAUCAAAUGUUCUGACCCGAUUGAAGGAUGGUGAAGAGGUACAUCUAUAAUGAUGGGUCUUGUCUUCACGAUUAUUUUGGGCAUCCCAAAGAAGUGCAAGGUUAGAUGCUAGCCAUUCAUGUUUUCAAGAAAAGGCUUCCCAUGCAAGUUUGAAGUUGAUCAAAUUGUGCAAGCUUCAAUGAAGCCACCCCAUUCUGGCUUGCAAGUAUCUGGGUCGGGUACUUUUAAAUUUCCAAAGUAAAGGAAUGAUCUGCUCUUGGUUACCAGGAAUGGCUAUUUAGCAGCAAAUAUUAUUUGGCAGGGAAGACUGAUGCGGGCUUUGCUAGGGUCACUGAAACAUCAAAGGUGUUGGCUGAAUCUUUGCAGAUACAAUCGGGUGUCGUUUGUUCUGUCUGCUUUAUGCUAUUCGUUAUGAUGGGGUAUUACUUGAUGCCAUGAGCUCUUGAGAAGAUUAAACUUACGUAAGGCAACUGUGGCUCUUCAGAGAUGAUUUUCUGGCAUUUUUGCUGUGUAUUCUGUCACUGUAAAUCUCCUUUGCGGGCAAGUAUUAUGUGAAUGAUGAUAUCAUGUUUUACAUUUUUCAAGUGAAUGAAAUCUGGUAUUAUGUU